CGAAGAAGAAGACGUGACAAGGGUCACUGCUCUGGUCACUCUGGUCCACUGCUUGCAUCUUUCCUGAGGGGCUAAGGCUCUGCUUGCCAGCGCUUCUCUCUGAACUACAUAGUGUUCCCUCUUCUACUAGGGUCUCCAGAGGCUGGUGGGAAAGAAGCAGAAGGCCCUUUCUGAGUUACCCUGGCUCCGCAGCUCAGCCCCUCCAUCCUGGCUCCCUCUCCCCUUCCCAUUCCCCUGUCCCCCUUCCUCUCCCUUUCCCCGCCCACCCAACUAAACUGGGUAUAGGCCAGGGCUCCUGCCCCUCCUUCUCUCUUCUGGACACUCACUGGGCAGGUCCGAUUUCCUCUUAUCCUGUGCCCAAAGAUACUGGAACACACUGCAGCUAAGAAACGGGGGGGAGGGGUCUUCUCGACUCCACGAGUCUUGAGCAAAAAGCUGACAAAGCAGCAGGGAGUAGAGGAGAUCCCGUGACGUGCCCCAAAGCCCACCAUGGAAGAGGGCUUCCGAGACCGGGCAGCUUUCAUCCGUGGGGCUAAAGACAUUGCCAAGGAGGUCAAGAAGCAUGCGGCCAAGAAGGUGGUGAAGGGUCUGGACAGAGUCCAGGACGAAUAUUCUCGCAGAUCCUACUCUCGCUUUGAGGAGGAGGAGGAUGACGACGACUACCCUGCCCCCGCUGACGGCUAUUACCGAGGGGAAGGGGCCCAGGACGAGGAAGAAGGUGGUGCAUCCAGUGAUGCCACUGAAGGCCACGACGAGGAUGAUGAGAUCUACGAGGGGGAAUAUCAGGGGAUUCCCCGGGCAGAGUCUGGGGGCAAAGGCGAGCGGAUGGCAGAUGGGGCACCCCUGGCUGGGGCGAGGGGGGGCUUGAGUGAUGGGGAGGGCCCUCCUGGGGGCCGGGGAGAGGCACAGCGGCGGAAAGAACGGGAAGAACUGGCCCAGCAGUAUGAAGCUAUCUUACGGGAAUGUGGCCACGGCCGCUUCCAGUGGACACUGUAUUUCGUGCUUGGUCUGGCGCUCAUGGCUGAUGGUGUGGAGGUCUUUGUGGUGGGCUUCGUGCUGCCCAGCGCCGAGAAAGACAUGUGCCUGUCUGACUCCAACAAGGGCAUGCUGGGUCUCAUCGUCUACCUGGGCAUGAUGGUGGGCGCCUUCCUCUGGGGAGGUCUGGCUGAUCGGCUGGGUCGGAGACAGUGUCUACUCAUCUCGCUCUCAGUCAACAGCGUCUUUGCCUUCUUCUCCUCCUUCGUUCAGGGUUAUGGCACGUUCCUCUUCUGCCGCCUCCUUUCUGGAGUUGGGAUCGGGGGGUCCAUCCCCAUUGUCUUCUCCUAUUUCUCGGAGUUUCUGGCCCAGGAGAAACGCGGGGAGCACCUGAGCUGGCUCUGCAUGUUUUGGAUGAUCGGUGGAGUGUAUGCAGCUGCCAUGGCCUGGGCCAUCAUUCCCCACUAUGGGUGGAGUUUUCAGAUGGGUUCUGCUUACCAGUUCCACAGCUGGAGGGUCUUUGUCCUUGUCUGCGCCUUUCCUUCUGUGUUUGCCAUCGGGGCUCUGACCACACAGCCUGAGAGCCCCCGCUUCUUCCUGGAGAACGGGAAGCAUGAUGAGGCCUGGAUGGUGCUGAAGCAGGUUCAUGACACCAACAUGCGAGCCAAGGGGCAUCCUGAGCGCGUGUUCUCAGUAACCCACAUUAAGACGAUUCACCAGGAGGAUGAACUGAUUGAGAUCCAGUCAGACACAGGGACCUGGUACCAGCGCUGGGGGGUCCGGGCCUUGAGCCUGGGGGGGCAGGUUUGGGGGAAUUUCCUCUCCUGUUUUGGUCCAGAAUAUCGACGCAUCACUCUGAUGAUGAUGGGUGUGUGGUUCACCAUGUCGUUCAGCUACUACGGCCUGACCGUCUGGUUUCCUGACAUGAUCCGCCAUCUCCAGGCGGUGGACUAUGCAGCCCGCACCAAAGUGUUCCCCGGAGAGCGCGUGGAGCACGUGACUUUCAACUUCACGCUGGAGAAUCAGAUCCACCGAGGAGGGCAGUACUUCAAUGACAAGUUCAUUGGGCUGCGUCUGAAGUCAGUGUCCUUCGAGGAUUCCCUGUUCGAGGAGUGUUAUUUCGAGGAUGUCACAUCCAGCAACACGUUUUUCCGCAACUGCACAUUCAUCAACACUGUGUUCUAUAACACGGACCUGUUUGAGUACAAGUUUGUGAACAGCCGACUGGUGAACAGCACCUUCCUGCACAACAAGGAGGGCUGCCCGCUAGAUGUGACGGGGACAGGCGAAGGGGCCUACAUGGUGUACUUUGUCAGCUUCUUGGGGACGCUGGCUGUGCUUCCUGGGAAUAUCGUGUCUGCCCUGCUCAUGGACAAGAUUGGCAGGCUCCGAAUGCUUGCUGGCUCCAGCGUGAUGUCCUGUGUCUCCUGCUUCUUCCUGUCUUUCGGGAACAGUGAGUCGGCCAUGAUCGCUCUGCUCUGCCUCUUUGGGGGCGUCAGCAUUGCAUCCUGGAACGCGCUGGACGUGUUGACUGUCGAGCUCUACCCCUCGGACAAGAGGACCACAGCCUUCGGCUUCCUGAACGCUCUGUGCAAGCUGGCGGCUGUGCUGGGGAUCAGCAUCUUCACAUCCUUUGUGGGCAUCACUAAGGCUGCCCCCAUCCUCUUCGCCUCAGCUGCCCUUGCCCUCGGCAGCUCUCUGGCCCUGAAGCUGCCCGAGACCCGGGGGCAGGUGCUGCAGUGAGGGGGUGUCUGGGGCCUUGGGGGUGGCAGGCACACUGUGAGACCAACUCCUCCUUUCCCGCCCCUGCCCUGCCAUCCAGGCCCACAGUCCUCACUCCCACCCCCGUGUUCGACGUCUUAGCUGUGUGCGCGUGUGCGUGUGCAUGUGUGUGACCCCGUGGGCAGGGACUACAGGGAAGGCUCCUUCAUUCCAGGCAUGGGAUGAAGCUCUACUCCCCACCUCCUACCGCCCUGAAUUUGCACAAGAGGCCCUGCCCUCCCCGUGCCCCAGUGUUAGUGAGGGGCCUUUGCUUCCCUGCUCCAGGGGUCCCGGAACUUCCUGCCUUCGCCCUCACAGGCCCUGGUGCAGGCCCGGGUAUAUAGUUAAUGCUAGGGGCUGGGGCUUCAGUAGACCAUGGACCAAAAGAACUUCUUAGAGUCGGAAGGGCCUUGGGUACCUGCUCACACCUCUCAUUGGAUGCUGGGGGAGUAGCAAUAAACCUCAGCCCCCUGGCCUCCACUUCCCCCUCAAUUUGGGCUACAAAUAGGAAGCCUAAAAUUUUAUGAAAUUAGCUUCCCCAUUUUUAUUUAUUUAUAUAUUAAGUUCUGAGGCAGCUCAGCAGGACUG